UCUACCCCCGCAGUGUGAGCAAACUAUCAGUCGUCUGUGCCGUUUCCACGAUGUGGGCAAUUGUGAUUUGCUUUGCUUUAAUGAGCCAGCUCCUCUGGACAGGACACUGCACUGAAACCCAUGACCAAAUUCUAUCAAUCACACCAACAACACCAGAACAAGUGGACAUCUUGAAGAAUAUAUCCAGUCAAUAUGAGACCACACUGUGGCAACCUGCACACCACCAGUACAUCCAAGAGGAAACUCAGGUUCACCUCUACGUUCCUGCAAACAGCUCAUCCGUGGUCAAAGAGUUGCUACAGAGAUAUACAAUAACACACCAGGUGUUAUUGGACAACGCCAAGGAACUGAUCGAAAUGCAGACGAGGAACGACACCACGGACCCUCGAAGCAGCGUGUCUUUCUACGAGAGAUAUCACAGCCUGGAAGACAUCUAUCGUUGGAUUAACCACACCACACAGGACAACCCCGACACAAUCCAAACUAUUCUUCUGGGUUCCUCGUACGAGAAGCGACCCCUCUACGCCCUUAAGUUGUCAGUUAACAGCGAGAAUAAGAAAGCCAUGUGGAUUGACUGUGGGAUCCACGCCAGAGAGUGGAUCUCUCCUGCUUUCUGCUUGUGGUUUAUACAGUAUUCCUUAGCUUUUUACAAGCAAAACAAAGACAUAACCGACAUUUUGGACAACAUGAAUGUGUAUGUCUUGCCCGUGAUGAACCCGGAUGGAUACCACUACACGUGGACUACGAACCGUAUGUGGAGGAAGAAUCGGUCCAUCAGCAGAAGCGGCUCCUGUGUUGGUGUUGACCUAAACAGGAACUUUGAUGCCAACUGGUGUACGGAGGGGGCCUCCAAAGAGCCCUGCAGUGAGAUCUACUGCGGUGCUUUCCCUGAAUCAGAACCCGAAUCAGAGGCCGUAGCUAACUUCCUGCGCAGUAACAAAGACACCAUCCAGCUCUACCUCACCAUCCACGCAUAUUCUCAGAUGCUGCUCUUUCCAUAUUCCUGCACCUUGGAGGAGGCCGAGAACCACAACGAACUGCUUGAGAUGGCCCAAGAAGCUUCACAAACUAUCAGAAGACAUUACAGAAACACCUACAAAUAUGGUGCAGGAGCAAAGACAAUAUACCUAGCUCCCGGUGGAUCUGACGACUGGGCGUACAAUCUCGGCAUCAAGUACUCGUUCACGUUCGAGCUCCAGGACCGCGGGCAAUAUGGCUUUCUCCUGCCACCGUCUCACAUUUCUAAGGCAUGCAAUGAAGCUCUGCUUGCAGUGAAGACCAUAGCUCAAAGGGUCAUUGAGAAAACACAGGCUGCAACAGCUUAAGCAGUAUCACCCAAAUCGACUGUGAAUAAACAUGUGAUUGUUACGUGAUGAUGCAAAUGUUGUUGUAGGUGACAUGCCAUUAUAGGUAGUGAUUACAAUGUGUAGCAAUAUGUGGUGUACAUGCUCAAAGUACAUCACAUUGCAACAUGUGACUUGUAAUCUUUGAUAUGUGCGAUGUGGAAUUCUUUUGAUUUAAGUGUGGCAUAUUGUUUUCCCCACCAAACACACCUGUGUCCACUGCUGCAAGGCGUUUUAUGAAAGUAAGUAUAGAGCAGCCUUGACCCACCAAAUAUGGCGGCGAUGUUGACGCACAGCUCAGCGCUCGAUGCGGCGUCUGUCGUUGUCUACUAUGGUGAGAACCUCCAAGCGGUCGUGGAGUGACAGUGGAGACAGCUAAUCACACGUUAGCAAGAUAGGGAAAGAACCAAUCGAUGAGCUUGUUGACGGUCGUUUCCCGCUUGGUCCUAGUGUCUAGCAUGUUUCAUUUCCAAUUAACAUAAUGUAGCAGUCAGGC